UGAGAGAGCAGAGAGACAUUUGUUCAUCCGGCCUUCAACUGAGAUACACAGCAGCCUCCUCAAACCACUACGGUACACCCAAGAACUAAUCAAAAUGGCAUUCGCUGGAAUUCUUAAGGACGCAGAUGUCGCAGCAGCACUCAAGGAUUGCGCAGCUGCUGACUCCUUCAAGUACAAGGAGUUCUUCGCCAAGGUUGGCCUGUCCGCCAAGUCAGCUGAAGAUGUGAAGAAGGCUUUCUUCGUCAUUGACCAGGACAAGAGUGGCUUCAUUGAGGAGGAUGAGCUCAAGCUGUUCCUGCAGGUGUUCGCUGCUGGAGCCAGAGCUUUGACAGAUGCUGAGACCAAGGCUUUCCUCAAGGCCGGAGAUGCUGAUGGUGAUGGCAUGAUCGGAGUGGAUGAGUUCGCUGCCCUUGUGAAAGCAUAAGCUCUCAUCAGCCCUCUUGUCAUGAAACCACCAUUGUGCUGUUGAGGAUGUCCUGGCCUUGCCUGCUGUAUCUUUUUUAUAUUCAUUUUAUUUAUGAAUGUCGCCGCAGACUGUUUUGACUGAUGUAACCCCUACACCCCCAAAGCGUGUUUACUAUUCAUGUUUUGUAAAUACGUUUUAUGUUCACAUUCAGACAGUGUGCAAUAUCUUACCAUCACCACCAUUGCACUUUUUGAAAAUGAAAUAAAUUCACAUUUGGAAA